AUGUCGCUACUUGAAAGCACGGUCAGCAUCAUGGCCAACGUCGACAUAUCGUGGCCGAACCUCGAGAAAGAGGCGCAGCGCUGGGGCACUGGGCACCCGACACUGGUACCAUAUGCGCCGUUUCCGACAAAGGACACCUUCUUUGUGAUUGGCGCCGUCAACGACCGGCCGUUUGAGACUCUGUUGCAUUUCGCCCGUCCCGAGGCGUGUCCGUGCCGUAUUUCUGCAUCUGCAGCCGGUCAUGUGAACGGCCGCGUCGGUCAGCUUUCCACCGACCUGGACCUGGCCCUCACUGAGUUUGGACUGGUCCUGGGUCCCACUUAG